GUCACGUCAACGAAGAAUUUCACCCGUGUUGUUGUUUUUAUUUCUAAAAAUAUUUAUUUUUAAGUGAAAAUGUCUUAAUAUACUAUCAAUUAUUAAACCUGAAAAUGGUAGUAAACGCUCCAGACUCUCCUACUCAAGCUGAAGUCAUUUUUGUGAUAGAAGCAACCUCCGCAAAUAGCGCCUACAUAAGUGAACUAAAAACCAAUUAUAUUGUACCUACACUCGAAUACUUUCAUGGAGGAGCCUUAGAAGAGGGAGUGGGCAGUGGAUCAGUGUAUGGCAUAGUGGCAUAUCAAGCGGCCGACUGCCACCCUGGCCUGCCGGUCGCUACAUUUGGGCCCUUCACAUGCCCUCAGACAGUUGUUGAUACUGUUGAUAAAAUACAGUUCAUAGGUGGGCAUGCAGAGAACCGAGCAUGUAUAACAGAAGCCCUGACAGCUGCCCUGGCUUGCUUGGAGGAGCUGGGCAGAUCCGACAUACCUUUACAUGUGAUACUGCUAUGUUGUUCACCACCAUAUUCUGCAUAUGCUGGAGGAUUGGUGCCUCCAGGAGCACCGUCUACAGUAGAACAAGCGGCAAGAUUAGUGGGUGAAAGAGGUGCGCAGCUAUCAGUCGCUGCAGCUAAAAAGUUACCAGCACUGUUAGCAUUGUAUGAGCAUGCGGGAGGUGAAUUACACGCUGCACAACAGAGAAACUAUGCUAAGGACCCCCGGCACCUGGUUCUGCUUCGAGGCUACAGUCUGAAAGAGCGACCGCCCAGUCCUGCCCCGCCGCCCGUGCCCGAUAUACAGACGGACGUCUACGGUCAGCCGCCGCCGGUGCGCGGUGCAGUCCCUCAGCUGGCACCCCGCGUGCCGCCGGCGCAGUUCCCGCGCGCCCCCGUCGGCCCGCGCAGCAACUGGCUCGCGCCGCCCAGACAGACCACCUACGCUAACUCCGCUCUACUCACACAACUCGCACAGCCAUCCUACCCGCCGCCUCCGACACAGACGAAUUUGCAGCGAAUGCAAAUGCAGCCAGGCCCCUCAAACGCGGGUGUUGGCGUGAACCCCGCGGGUGGCGUGGGGUCGGCCGGCCCCGUGGGCGCAGUGCCCGCCAUGCAGAGGACGUACAUCUGGAGCGGUGUGCUGGAGUGGAUGGAGAAGGGUAAAGCGCCAGGAGACCAGCAGAAGGUCACCAAGCAUCUGCCGUGUCAGGUGUCUGCAAACUCAAAGGACGUGGAGCCAGAGCUGAAAGUGGAUACAUGGCCGACGAAACUACUAAUGCAGCUAAUGCCCAAGCAGUUGAUCAGCAAUAUCGGCGGACAGUACCUCAAAGACAGCAAAUCCGUGCUCUUCCAUCUCCAACAGAACGAGGCCCUGGAUGCACUCACCAAGGUCAUGGUCAGCGGAUUUGCGGGCUGCGUGCACUUCUCUCCGAUGUCUUCGCCCCCUCAAUGCGAUAUCAAAGUGCUGAUUCUGCUGUACACGUCGGACAAAAAGGCCUACCUCGGCUUCAUCCCCAACAACCAAGCCACCUUUGUCGACCGGCUAAGGAAGGUUAUCCAGCAACAGAAGCAAAGUAAACUGCUCGCUCCCGUCAGCAACGCUCCAGGCAUUCCUCCCAACAUGCCGUCUGCGACCAUGGCAGGCAGCGGUUUAGGCGCAGGCGGUAUGCCCUCCGGCUUGGGACUUGGCCAAGGUCUUGGCCAAGCCCUAUCUGUACCCAACAUGUCCAACCAGCAACAACAACAACAUCCACAGGGUAUGAUGAUGGGCGGUGGUAUGGGUGGACAAGUUAACCAAGUCGGCCAAGUGGGGCAAGUUGGACAAGUGGGUCAAGUUGGCGGCAAAGGUCCCCGAGGAGUCCCCUUGGACGGAAUAGAGGCAGCACGACAGCAGAACCUUGAGAAGAUCCAGCAUCUACAGCAGACCCUGGAGGCAGCGCAUCAGCAGGAAGCGCAGUUCAAGUCGCAAAUGGACAUCAUGUCGCAUCUGCAUGCGGCACAGCAACAGGAACAGCAUUACAAACAGCUGGAAGAGCAACAGCGCAAACAUCAGUUGCAGCAACAAUUGCAGCAACUGCGCGGCGCGGGGCCUCGCCUGAUGCGACCCCUCAUGCCUACCAACCCCGGCCUCCGACAUUUGCUACAGCAGCAACAGCAGGCGGCGCGCGGCGGGCGGCCUCACAUGUGACCUGGUACACGCUAACAGCCGCAGUACCGGCCGUCGGGCGGCGCGGUGCGGCCUUCCUCCUCGCAGCAGUUCGACGAUGUUUCCAAUUACGAUUUCAUAUAAAAUAUUCUAAAUAACCAUA